AUGUCGCAACAAGCAACAGAGGGUCUGUAUCUGUCACCCGAACAACAAGACCUUCUUAUGGCGGCUCUGAAUUCAAAUCAAUCUCCAAAGCAAUCGGGAGCCCAAAAGACCACUUCCCAAAACGUCAACUUUACGCCCAGCAUGAGUGCUCCGGAUUCAGGCAAUCUGGACUUCAGCGACGACAGCCCAUUUCUGGAUUUUGAUCCCGACGCCGACUUUGGCGACGACAGUUUCGAUUUUGACGGUAACCAUCGCAUGAUCGGCGAUAUCCCCGAUGAACCACUCUCCCAUGACCUGCACGACAAGCGGAAAAGCGUCGACGGAAAAGAUGAGGAUGACGAAGGAGGUGGUAAAAGACGAGAGGGCGAAGACAAAGCGGCGAAAAAGCCUGGAAGGAAGCCAUUGACUUCCGAACCUACCUCGAAGCGCAAGGCACAAAACCGUGCCGCCCAACGCGCCUUCCGCGAGCGCAAAGAGAAGCAUCUAAAAGAUCUUGAAACCAAAGUGGAAGACCUUGAGAAGGCUUCAGAAUCUGCCAAUCAUGAAAAUGGUCUACUCCGUGCCCAAGUCGAGCGCCUGCAGGUCGAAUUAAAAGAAUAUCGAAAGCGUCUCUCGUGGGUCAGUAGCAAUGGACUGAACAGAUCGCAGCCCAUCGCCUUCAACCAAAAUCGGAAUUCCAAUGCCAACAACCACAAUGACUUCCAGUUCGAGUUUCCCAAGUUUGGUGACCUGCCACCGAUGCCAGGCACAAAGUUGUUCGGCAACUCGACCUUGAAGAAGCCACAGGGAAACCCUAACAGAUCUUCAUCUGGGCCGGCUGCCAGCACCUCUCCAGCGACUCAGAAUGGUAACAGCCGGCGUUCCGCAUCUGGUUCACAGAGCCAGACCCCACAGUUCGGCUCCAUGAGUCAAUCACCUGUGCCGAAGACAUUCACCACUUCGCCUCAGCCACAAAGUGAAACCCGGCAGCAUCAGGGAAGCGUGGACAGCUUGUCUGGGUUGUUUAGCCCUUCAAUUCUCGAAGCCAGCCGUCACGCCAGUCUGGGAGGUUACUUCCCUCAGGCCGCCCCUCCUCAGCAUAAUAGUGCUACCGGAAGUACUCGUGGUAGCCUCGACAAUGGCGUCCUAGGCAAUGGCACCGGGCGGUACUCGAACUCGAGCAUCUCGAACUCGGACUCGCCGGGCUCUUCUACGGAUUCUCACAAUCCUAUAUCAUCCAUUGGCACUUCUCCAGAGCCUACCAUGAACUCGCCUGCGAAUAAAUUGGCCGAUUACAAUCUCAACCCAAUAAGUGAGGAAAAUCAGGCUGCGUUCGGAGGUAAGGAUUACCUUCGUGGACAACUCCAACAGGCCUGUGGCUGCGCGGAUGAUCCAAUACCUCCCAUCUUGAAAAUGGGGUCUAACGAUGACUCGUUAGGCUACACCAACGAGCCUGGCUUCGAUGCCAAUGGCAUUAACUGGCUUGCGCAACAGAACAACAACUCGUUUGAUCCGAUACUGUUUGGUGAUUACCGCGAAACGCAAGAAAACAUCCUAUCCCAAGACUUCGGAGCAUUCUUCAACGACGCUUACCCCCUGCCCGACUUGGGCAGCCCUCUGCAUAACUACAAUGACGUUGCCACGGAAUCCGCACCGAAGAUUGACCUGCUGAAGCAAGUCGAGGAGGCGAAGAACGGAAACGAGGAAGUCGUUCCUGAUAACGAGAAACCAAUGUCUUGCAAUAAAAUCUGGGACCGACUCCAGUCGAUGGAGAAAUUCCGCAACGGCGAGAUUGACAUUGAUAACCUAUGUAGCGAACUCCGAGCGAAAGCAAAAUGCUCGGAAGGCGGUGCUGUGGUUGACAAAAAGGAUGUGGACAAGAUUUUGGGCACGGCUUGA